AUGUUAAAAUCAAGAUCAAAACUUCUGUUCCUCACUUGUUGCGAAGCGGGUCAAGCGAAUAUACAACUAUCAGUGAUCAACAAACUACAAUCUCUCCAUGGUGAAGAUCUAGAUAUUUACCUGUGCUCGUUCGAGUCGCUCAUGAAAAGAUGCCCGGGCAAUGUGACGUUUUUGACGAUCAAGGGUAAAGGGAUGAUUCAGCAUUUCUUGGAUAGAUAUGAUGAUAGUGAGGUUGAUAAUGGGAGAAAAGGAGGCCUACUCAAACACUUAUUCACUCCACCGGGUUUCUUUGGAGCUAUCAAACUCGCUUUAUCCAUGACCAAUAUCCUCCAUGCGGAGGAGCCGUCAGAUUACGUCUACUAUGCUCAACAGUGCGAACAGAUCAUCUCUGACCUCGAUCCCGAUUUCAUCGUUUGCGACGCAGUGUUUGAACCUGGUAGAGAUGCUAUAAUGAAAUUGGGAAGGAAGUGUAUACUCCUCAGUCCGAAUACUUUCAAAGAUCUGGCAACUGCUCAACAAGGUAAAGAUGUCUUCAAAUGGCCAUGUCCCGGGACAGGUUAUCCAUACCCUCUUCCAUGGUAUCUCCGAACCCUCAACACCCUCGCAUUCAUAUUCUUCGCCAAGUGGGUUCUGAAAUACGACGGGCGACAUCGACUAUUCAACAAAGCAAGAAAUCAAUCCGGUUUCACAGGGAACCUACCAAUGUUUCAAAAUAAGUCUUCACUCCAAACGAAUUUCUUGUGCGUAUCAAAUGAGAAAGUAGAAAUUCCGGGUAAAAUUCCAAGAUGGUUGAAAUGCUGUGGACCGAUACUUUUACCUUUCAAACCUUUAGAAAGUAUUGAUAUGGAUUUAUAUAAAUGGGUAAUGAAAAGACCUACUGUACUGAUUGUUUUGGGUACUCAUUAUAAGACUUCACGCGAAUUCGCCAAUAACAUGUUAAUUUCCAUUAGAAUUUUAUUGGAUAAGAGAAAGGAUGUACAGGUAUUAUGGAAAUUGCAGAAAUACGGUCAUUUCGAUAUAAAUGAUGGGCAAGAUCAAGUGGAUAGAUUGAAAAUUGUCGAUUGGCUUAAACCAGAUCCACUGGCGAUAUUGAAAACUGGUAAUGUGAUUUGUUUCGUUAAUCAUGGUGGAAGUAAUUCGUACCAUGAGGGUUUAGCUACCGGAACACCCCAGAUCCUCAUGCCUGCCUGGAUAGACUGCUAUGAUUUCGCUGGAAGAUUGUCUUACUUCAAUAAUGGAGUAUGGGGUAAUGCCAAAGCUGCUCCCGGUAUCUCUCAACCUGAAUUCACCAGAGCUCUCCUUAGGGUAGUAGGAGCCACACCAGCUGCUCCCGAAGCACAGAAGAUGAGAGCUAGAUGUAAAGAGUUGGCUGAUAUUGUCGCUGAGAACGGUACGAGGGAAGGAAGUACAAUUGCCGCUGAGAGUAUCUGGGAGGAAUUACAACUCGAAUUAACUAAGAAGAAGUGA